AUGAAUCAAGAUUCUGAACCUUCAAAAAAUGGAACCUCCUCCACUACUCAGACUCCGUCAUCUGGCAGCCGUCGACAUGCCUGCGAUCGUUGUCAGAGGCAAAAAUUGAAGUGUGAUAUCGAAAAACCAUGUCUAUUAUGCGUUCGCUCAGGGGCUUCAUGUGUGACAACACCGUCUGGAGCUUCAAGAACGCUCGUUGAAAGAAAAUCGAAGCAGACCCGGAGAAAAGCGGCUCGCAAAAGUACCACUGCCCCUAGUGCUUCGAGGACGCCCUUGGCCACCCACAAAGAAUGGGACUCUGGACCGUCAAAUUCGCGAACUAAUGAUUUCCUAGAUCAUACUCACCCCCCUAAUGAAGAAGAAAAGGGUAUAUAUUCAAGUUCAGCCGUUUCAAACUCACUGCAUGACGAUGACACAAUAUCUCAACAAACUACACCGUUUCCCGCGCCAGAUAAGUAUGCUGAAAUGUCUACGAUUGGACUUACAAGCAAGCUUUUUCACAUUCACAAGCAAGAAUCAAUCAACUCUUUGGUAGAAAGCUAUAGUACAAAUGCUAUUCCAGGCGGAGACUUCGUAAAUACCCAAAACAAAGAUCGCCAGACGGUCGAGUCAGUUAGCUUAGACUCGCUUUUUCCAGGGUUUACCUUUCCACCAAGGCCAAUUUGCGAUUUUCUUGUAGAGUCCUACAAAAAGUCGGUGCAUUGGUUCAUGUUGCUUUUCCACGAAGCUUCGUUUGAAAGCGAGUACAGGGAGGUCAUGGAUAGUCAAGCGGCUAGUCCCCGUCAACUUGGAAGCGUUGUACUUUUUCUAAUGGUAUUUACUAUGGGAGCGCGGUACACGACCAAUGAAGAAGCUUUGGAAGCCUGUGGGACGAAUCUGGACCUAGAAACGCUCCAGCAGCAAAUGCUCAAAGAAGUUCAAGCACAUCUUUUUGAUGUUAUCGAUAUCGGUGGAAUUGAGUCGGUCCAGAUUUGUGUUUUGCUAAGUUCAUUCUACAUGUACAAUGGUAGACCAAACUUAGCUUUGGCUAUUUUGGGAGCAGGGAUAAGAAGCUCACAGGCAAUUGGACUACACAAGGAGUCUUUGUGGGGACCCCUUACCGAGACUGUCAAGGAGGUUCGUCGCCGCACAUGGUGGGCACUGUAUGUUUAUGAUAGGUUCUCGUCGAUUACAUACGGGCGGCCCUUAUCCAUCAACGAUUCUGAUUGUGAUGUGCGCAUGCCCGGUAAUCUGGAUGAUGCCUCCAACGUUCAUCCAUUGUUGAAUUCUCUAGAACUUGUGGAUGCAAAUUCUUCGACACAAGUUACCUUAAACUCGUACCAUCGAUUCAAAUUUGCUUUGUAUGCUAUUGCAACUCCUAUUAUUGGUGACAUUUAUAAUUUGAAAAACUCAAAUCCCUCAAACAUGGCACAACAGGCUAUAUCAAUCAACACGAAUCUUGUGAGGUGGUUUGACCAGCUGCCAUCAGAACUAAAGCUAGAUUCAAAUACUGAUCUCGACGUUAGCAAUCUUUCAGCUUCUGAGGUCAAUGUCUGCAGGUUAUUCCAGCUACAAGCUCUUGUGUUACAGCUAGCAUAUGACAAUAUUCAAAUAAUUCUUCAUCGGCCAUUUCUUCGAUACAAUCAUUGCUUGGCUGUACUUCCUACAUCCGCUCCGUCUGAUUUACGUCACACAAGCUUGGAACAAUGCAGGCAUUGUGCCAGACGAACGUGUAGCAUUUCACCGCGUUACGCAAAUCUUCUCCUAGCUGCUCGAGAUACUCAUGCCGUUGCAUACGUCGCCAUUCAGAAUUUUACUGCAGGAGUCACAUUAGGCAUGGUGGCUCUAUCAGACCCAGGUUCAGAGCAAGCACAGGAUGCAAAAAGAGGGGUGUCGAAUUCGAUAUCCCUUCAAAGAAUGCUCGCGGUAUCAUCCAUCGUUCCAUUACAAACGGUGAAGGUUUUGGAGGAGCUUUUCCGGCUCAUAUUCAAAAGAGAAAUGGAGAUAAUGCUCGAGGGUCCUCCACUAAAUCUGGAGACCGGCAAAGUCGCUUCCAACUUUUCGCAGCACGAACAAGAAAUCAACGAGUCGCCUCGUAAUCUUGUGCAAAAUAAGGCAACGCUAUCCAAAUCUCCAUCAUUGCAGACUUCGCAAGCCGUUGUGAUGGACCCCUUACAAGUUUCCCGUGAAAUUACAGACAAACAACCGCAAGUAGCGGAAAUGAGGCCAGCGCAAGAGCUUGGUAUUGGCAUGGACUGGAACAAUUGGUCUUUUGAUGAAGGAAUUGAUAGUGCCCUAGAGUCGAUCCAACAAGUUCUCUGGCAAAAUUCACAUCCGGUGACAAGCUCAGAAACAUUGUCUAUGAAUACCACUGGCUUAUGUGGUAAUACAUGUGGGCCGCAAAGGCAGGUGGCGGUUGACGAUUCUAAAGAUCCGAUCACUAUCCCAUCAGAAGAAGUUCAAUCUUUCAACAUAAAUGAGACUUUAGGACAGAGUUCCUGCGAUCUAUAUGGGCAGUGUUGGAUGUGGAACUGGGAUCCUUCUGAUGGUGAUAAGGGACCCAACUUCGGGUAA